AUGUCCAAAUCCACAGAAAUCAUGACCGUGACACUCAAAGACGAUGAAGAAGAAAUCAAAAACGAGCGUCCUGAAUCAUACUACCGGGUCUCUUACACGGCGGAAGAGAAGUCUGCAUUUGAACAAGCAGCGCUUACGGCCGAGCAGAUCUUUAGGGAGCUCUCGUUGCCGCCCAUUGAUGCGUGGCCUUUAAAGGUCAUGAGCAUCGAAAGACAUAAUGCACAAGUUGAACGAGAGAAGAAAAAAAAGAAGAGAGCAGGUAAAAAGAAGAGAGAAAAUAUGGUUGAGUGCAGAGAAAGAAGACAAAAACGAGAGAAGGAAAGAAAGAAGGCAGCUGCCGAGAAAUACAAAAAGAAGUUUUGGGUAGGUAAACCUAAGGGAAAGAAGGCAAAGGGACAACUGAUAGCAAAAAGCGACAAGCCAAAAUUCAGGACAGAAGCUCCUAAGUUUAGAACUGAGUAG